CCGUCUUCGUGUCUAGCCGGCUCCGGCUCCACGCUGCGCCCACCUGCUCGCAAAAAGCCCAAAAGUUUCCUGUCGCUUUUAUCAAAUCUAGGUUUUCCGAUCAGAAUCCUCCGCCGCCGCCAUCUGCGAUAAUGUCGGUCAGGGAGCCCGAGAAGGACGCUGCGGCCGCCGCCGCCGAGGUCGACGAGAAGGCGGAGGCGGAGGCGGAGGCGAAGGGCAGCGGCUCCGUCUGGGAGCUGCUAUACUGCGGCAGGACGAGCUUCAACACUAAGGGACGAGAGCACGGGACACAAGGUAACCUUGUGUCGCCGACGCGGUUGAGGCCACUCGUGGGCGUCGACAUCCGGUUCGUCGCCUCUGGCUGCAGUUGGGGGAUGGAGCAGAGCUGCAUGGAGUUCAGGAGUAUUUUGACUUGGCUGCAGGGGAUGGAAGCCUUCACAGCUGCCUGCCACUGUGCUGCUUUGGAUGGUAAUGGCCGUUGUUACACAUGGGGUCACAAUGAGAAGGGGCAGCUAGGGCAUGGGGACACUCUUCUGCGUGCCCUGCCCACUGUUGUUUCCGAACUUUCAAAACUCAAAAUCAUUAAAGCAAGUGUUGGAAGGAACCAUACGGUGGUUGUAACUGAUGACAACAAGUCGUUCUCUUUCGGCCACAAUGGGCAUGGACAGUUAGGGUUAGGCUUGAUAGAAAAAGAAAUUGAGUCAUCUCCUUUGCCCUGUGCGGUUGUUGGAGCAACAGAUUCUGUCUGUGGAGCUGAUUUUACGGUCUGGUUGUCAUCAGUGAAAGACUCUUCUAUACUUACAGCAGGUCUUAACCAAUAUGGCCAACUGGGGCAAGAUGCAGACAUUCAGCUGACACACUAUCCCAAGCCAAGAGCAAUAGAUGCGUCAUUUAAAAAUACUGUGGUCAAAGUUGCAUGCGGAACUAAUCAUACAGUUGCAAUUGACAACAAAGGCUUUGUUUACACAUGGGGUUUUGGUGGAUCUGGAAGGUUGGGUCAUGGGGCACAGAAUGAUGAAUGGAAACCUCGCCAAUUAUUAUUCUUUGAAAAACACAUGGUUUUGCGUCCUAAUGCUAUUGUCUCUGCUGGUUCUGCAAGUUCAGCAUGCACAUCUGGUGGUGAACUGUACACGUGGGGAAAGUCGAUGGAUACAGAUGAUUAUAGCAUUCAUCCUAAGUCUGUUCCGGAUUUGAGUGGUUGGAACAUUCGCUGCAUGGCUUCUGGUGACAUGCACCACAUUGUUGGUACAGAUGAUACCUGCAUAAGCUGGGGUAUCGGCCUAAAUGGACAACUUGGUUAUGGGCCUAAUGGGCCGAAGUCAUCUUCGAAUCCCAAAAAGGUUGACAGUCUUCAAGGAAUGCCCAUUAGAUGUGUCGGAUGUGGCAAUGGUCUGUCACUAAUUGUUGUUGACAAAGCAAAAUUUGGUCGUCGACUUGAUCAGCUGGAGACUUAUAAUGGUGAUACCCUCACUGAAGGUUUGUAUUCCCUGUGCAGGAGCAAGAAACUGAGAUGGCAUCUGAAGAGGAUCAUCGAGGGAAAGCCGGGGGAGAUUUGUCAAUUCCUGAGCUGAAGCCAUCUAGAAGGGGCAGAGGCCGCCCUAAGAAAACUGAGAGCCCUGCCUCAGGAGCUGGAAGCUCAGGUGGUGGAAAGAGAGGAAAACGAGGAAGACCAUGAGCUCGUUGGGCUGGCUGCUGCUGCAGCAGCAGAGAGCUGCUGCCUGCUGCAGCUUGCGUGCUACAGCUGCUGCGACAGAGAGCCGAGCAGCAGCAGCCAGCCGAACACGCUGCAUGAAAAUGAUCAUCUGCUCUGGUGUCGAGUAUUGUAAACAGUUCAACAUCUGAUGUGGUCUCAAACACCUGAUGUAAUUCAACCAUUGAAGAUUUCAUUUUGGUUGCAAUGCCUCCAGCCCCACCCCUGCCUCUCA